AUGGCCACCACAAUCGCCUAUGGGGCAACCCGCAGCAUGACGCUGGUCAUCACGGCCUUGCUAGCCAUCGCCAUGUACAACUGCCUCGUAUUGUAUUUCUGGAUCUUUUUUUUCUACAAGCGCUACCAAGGAAAAUACUUCUGGAUCAUGAUCGGCGCAACCACCGGUGUCCUUUGGUACUCCGUCUUUGCUACAUUGAUCGGCUUCCAGGUCGGCUCGGCCAAGGCCAACGUUGUCAUGCAAGGAUUCGGCUACGUCUUCAUGACCACGGGCGUCGCCCUGAUCCUGUACUCGCGCCUCGACCUCGUCACCAAGGGUAAAAUCGUCACCUUCGUCCUGUGGAUGAUCAUCAUCACCACCUGCGUCAUCAAUAUCCCGCUAGCGGCGCUGUUCGCCGCCGCAUUCUGGACGAAGAAGGUAGCCACGGUAGCCUUGGUGUUCGAAAAGAUGGGGAUCUUAUUUUCUUGCAUUCGUGAGUUGAUCAUCACAGCCAUCUUCAUGUGGGAGGCCAAACGCAACCUCAAGUCCCUGCUGGACGCGAAGGGCAAGGAAGGCAAGCGCAUGUUUUACAGCCUGAUGACCGUGCUGGUCGUCGUGAUCUUCCUCGACGCAUCCAUCCUCGUCUGCAACUUUGCCAACUACAAGCCCAUCAAGCUGGCCUACGGCGGUAUCACCAACAGCGUCAAGGUGAUGAUGGAGUUCGCUAUACUCAACCGUCUGAUCAGCCUCAUCCAAUCCCCCACCAUGAUCUGCCAACAGGGGAUCCCCGAAAUUUCCCUGAUAGACAACACCAACGCCAACGAUACCCGCAGGAAUUUCUUAAACGCCCAAAACAGAAACAGCGCCUCCCACCAACAGCGCAAUACCCCCAGCCCAUUUUCCCCCGGGAGCGGCCUUCCCGAAGGCCCAGACGAAUACAAACAGCGCCGCAGCAGCGACCCCGACUCCAACCCAGACACAGUAACCUACCGCCACGAGGAGUUCCUGGAACCGUCUCCUCAAGAACAGUACCAUGCCAUGUCACGGGAAACGACAGACGCUACCCUCGCAGCACCCGAACGGAGUCUAUCGUGGGAUCAUAUCACGCAUAGCGGGUCUAACGGGAGCACGGAGGCAGGCUCGAGCAGUAAGGAGUCGCCGUUACAGAUGGUGUAA